GGAGGAGGGCGGGCAGGAAACAGAGCCAGCGCAGGCGAAAGAAAGACUCCAAUUCCCAGCCCCCCGCCCCGCGGGGUACGGGAGCUGGCAGCGCAUGCGCGAGGCCCGGCCCCCAAUUCCCUUAGCGAGGGAGGGAGGCCCCCGGCGGCCCAGAGACUGCGAGCCGCUGCGGGACCCGAGCGCACGCAGGGGCGCGGCGGCGCCGGGACGAGCGGGGCUGCGGAGGCGGCCGUCGAGAGCGUGGAGCGCCGGGCGCGAGGCCGCCGGCUCAGCUCUGGGAGGGGCUUGGCGCCCGCAGCCCCCCACGCCGGAGAGGGAUGCGGUGCGCCCUGAGAGCCCGGUAGCCUCGGAUCGUGGCGCUGCAUACGCGACGAUGGAUGAGCCGUGGUGGGAAGGGCGCGUCGCUUCGGACGUCCACUGCACCCUGCGCGAGAAGGAACUGAAGCUGCCUGCCUUCCGAGCCCACUCCCCACUCCUGAAGAGCCGCCGGUUCUUUGUUGACAUCUUGACCCUGCUGAGCAGCCACUGCCAGCUCUGCCCCACAGCCCGGCACCUGGCCGUCUACCUGCUGGACCAUUUCUUGGAUCGCUAUAACAUCACCACUUCCAAGCAACUGUACGCCACGGCGGUCUCCUGCCUCCUGCUCGCAAGUAAGUUCGAGGAUAGGGAAGACCGUGUACCCAAGCUGGAGCAAAUAAACAGUACGAGGAUCCUGAGCAGCCAGAACUUCACCCUCACCAAGAAGGAGCUGCUGAGCACGGAGCUGCUGCUCCUGGAGGCCUUCAGCUGGAAUCUCUGCCUGCCCACGCCUGCCCACUUCCUGGACUACUACCUCUUGGCCUCCGUCAGCCAGAAGGACCACCACUGCCACAGCUGGCCCACCACCUGCCCCCGCAAGACCAAAGAGUGCCUCAAGGAGUAUGCCCAGUACUUCCUAGAGGUCACCCUGCAAGAUCAUAUUUUCUACAAAUUCCAGCCUUCUGUGGUCGCUGCAGCCUGUGUUGGGGCCUCUAGGAUUUGCCUUCAGCUUUCUCCCUACUGGACCAGAGACCUGGAGAGGAUCUCCAACUACUCCCUGGAACAUCUCAGCACAUGCAUCGAAAUCCUGCUGGUAGCUUAUGACAAUGUCCUCAAGGACGCCGUCGCAGUCAAGAGCCAGGCCUUGGCGAUGGUGCCUGGCACCCCCCCGACCUCCACCCAAGUGCUGUUCCAGCCGCCUGCCUACCCCACCCUCAGCCAGCCGACACCCGUGGCCCUGGCGCAGUUCCAGACCCCCGUGCAAGACCUGUGUUUGGCCUAUCGGGACUCACUACAGGCCCACCGUUCAGGGAGCCUGCUCUCGGGAGGCACUGGCUCAUCCCUCCACGUGCCGUACCCCACCCUCCAGUCCCUGGACGUGUGUCCCAUGCCGCUCCCCGCGUCCCUCAGCAUGCAGAUGGCCGUCACAGCUGAGCCCAGGCACUGCCUCACCACCACCUACAGAAGCAGCUACUUCAGCGGGAGCCACGCGUUCCCCACGGGCUGUUUCGACAGAUAGAGCCCCCUUGGGCCACAGAGGGAGGCCUUGGAGACUCGGCAGGACACUGACGAGGGGGACUCAUCCGGGCGAGGCAGCUGGGAAGCUGUCCCCACAGAGCCUCAUCGCCCUUGAACGGAGAGGGUCUGUGCUCUUUUUAAAUAAAACUGAGACCCAGAGCAAAACUGUCAAUGAGAUACCUCACCCAAAAGCAUUCCUCUGGAAAACGUCUUCCACGUGUGCCUGGGGUGCAGGGAGAAUGGUUCAGUGGCUGUUCCCUGAAGCAGGGGCCCAGCGACUCGAGAAAGACCUGGGAAGAGGCCAGGAGACGGGGAAGCAGAUGCGGACACCAGUCCACGAGCAUGUCCGGUGUUCAGCAUCCAAGACUCCUUUAUUCUUUGCCGAAGGCAGCUACACCACUGCAAAAGAAGGGGCAGCCUGACAUGUUCUCAGGACCCCGAUGCAUGGCCAAUCGGUGCUUUUCUUCCCUGGCUCCAUGCAGAGGGGCCUGUGUGUGUGUGUGAUGCCUGAGCACAGUGGGCAGCUCGCUUGCCUUUGUUGUCGAACCUAAACCUUUUUUUCACCCUUUUAGACAUUUCACAUGCUGCUGCUUCCCGAAGUGACCUAGCUUUCUGUUCAGUGAGAAGUCUUGUUUACAUACUGUAUCAGGGAUUUUGUGAUACUUGAAAAUUCCUUAGGAGAAAAACAAGAUUGAUUGCCACACUGCCUGUCCCAUGCACGGGCUGUAGGUUUUACCCCUGCUUGUGCCUGACCCGUGGGUCAUAACAGAACUUCCUUUUCAAAAGCAUAUGGUUGGGGAGAACCACUUUCCAGGCUCUCGGUUCCAGAAGAUUUCAUGUCUUGGAUGCUGUGUUCACCUGUAGAACUUCAGUAACCACCCAGAGGUAAAAGGUUGUUGAAAGGUUAGACAAAGGUUUAAAACCAACAUCCCCACCUCCUUCUACCACCUGCUUGUAGUGAGUGAGGUUAAAUCCAGUCUCAGCUUUGAGUUUGGCUAAUAGCAAAGGAUAAUAAUUAUGGAGUGUGUGCUUCGUGCCAGCUGGAUUUGGGGCGUGGGGGGUGUAUAUGACACCCCCCCGACCGGCAAGCGAUCGGUUGGAUCGAAAGCCAGUUUUUGGGUAUCUGCAGUGAGGGGGCUCUCAGGAAGACGGGUGACCAUGUGCAAUAUGUUUUUAUUCUGACUUGCGGCUUGCGCUCAGCAUGUUUUUUUUUUUUUUUGGUUGGUUCGGGGUCAGGGGACACGUUCACCCAACAGAACUGGGAGGUGCAAAGAACCACGGAAGCAUUUUUUGUUGUUGUUGUUGUUUUAAGGAGACCCCAUGUUGGUUUUCUUGACUCACUUGUCUGCCCAGGAGACUGUGGCAGGGAGACUGCCCAGGAGACUGUGGCAGGGAGACUGCCCGGAGGAGGCAGCAUGCUGCUGAGUGGGAUCCGAAGGUGAUUUUCUGAGCAGAAGAAAGCCUCAGCGUGGAAGCGCAGUAAGAGAGUCGACAUGGAUAUGGCGCGGCCACUUUGUCACACUCGCAUAGGAAACUGCACAUUUGUUUGUUUUCCUCUUUUUUCCUUUACCCACCUCCUAUUUAUGUGCAACUGGUUUGGAUUCCAAGUCAUUAUAUCUGUUUCUUCUGUGGCUGGGGGCUUGCGAGGGGCCCCCAAGAAAAAGGCGUCCAGCAAUAAACACGUCAGUCGUCACCUGUUCUCAGUCUCUUCCUAGUCUUCUCCUCUCGGGCCAGCCGCCCUCCCCACCCACCACUUCAAGCCCUGUGGGGGUCUCCGCUUGUGCUGAGAGGUGGUUGGGGGAUGGGCAACAAUAAAACUGGCUCCUGUUGUGCUGGGUCUGGCCCUCUGGGUUGGAGCUAGGCCUCUCUGCUCUGCCACUGAAUCAGUCAAUGUUCUCCAGAAACAGAAUCCAUGUUAUAUAUAGCAAGAGAAAUGUAUUGUAAGGAAGUGGCUCCACAUUGCAAAUGCCUGGGUUAGGGUCAGGGUCAAGGUGGUACUUUUUCAUGUCCUCCUGGUUCAAAGUCCAUCUCUCCAAAGCCACGUGUUCUCACAUCUAAAUUCUCUUCUCCCUUAAUCCUUUGUUUCAGUGAUUCUCAGCAGGGCUCAUUUAUGCUCCCCAGGGGACACGUGGCAAUGUCUGGAGAUAUUUUGGGUUGUCACAAUUGGGGGAGGGGGUGUGGCUGGCAUUUAGCAAGGAGAGGCCAAGCGAGCUGCUCACCCUCCUAUAAUGCACAGGACAGCCCCCACAGCAAAGAAUGAUCUGGCCCAAAAUGACAAUCCGUGCCACGGUUGAGAAACCUCUACUCAGCAUGUCACCUCCCAAAGAGGUCUCUGUAAUACUCCUUCUCUCUGAUUACCCAUUUUAUUUUCUUUAUAGCUGUUGAAAGCUUGUGAAAUGAUCUUGUUAAUUUGUUUACUUGGUUUGAUGGCUGUGCCCUAAGCUACCUACCCCCAACAGAAUAUAUAAAAUAUCAUCUGGUGAUGGUGACACUAAUCCUAGCAGGUGGCAUUUAUUGAGCAUUUACAAAAGCAUUUAUAAAUCACCGUGCUAAAGACUUUGCUGACAUUUUCUGUAAUCAUCCUAAUAACCCUCCAAGAUAGGCACCAUUAUUAGCUGUAUUUUUACAGAUCAGAAAAUGGGCACAGACAAGUUAUUUGCCUAAGGUGAACAGUGGUGACAGAAGGAGCCACCACUCAAACCCAGGCAGUCUGGAGCUGCCCCACCACCCGGCGGUGCCUCAAGCAAGGGUUUUAAAUCGGUGAAAGAUUUCGUAGCUGUCCUGCUCCUCUGGUGGGAAGACAUGACAGAGUAACGGAUACGGGUUCCUAAGAGAAAAGAGUUGCCUGGCGUUCAUGCUCCUGAUUUAGAGAGGCUCUGAUCUGCGAGGGGUUCCCCGAGCCCCAUCUGUGAAGGGAAGAACUUGGUGACUUGAAUUUCAGCAGAAAGGCC